AUGCUGACAGAACUCUCCGACGAGACCUUUGUCAUCGACAACGAGGCUCUCUACGACAUCUGCUUCCGCACACUGAAACUCAAUAACCCCACCUACGGUGACCUCAAUCACCUCGUCAGUGCCACCAUGUCCGGCGUGACAACCUGUCUACGUUUCCCCGGCCAGCUGAACGCAGAUCUGCGCAAGCUGGGCACCAACCUUAUCCCCUUCCCCCGACUGCACUUCUUUGUGCCCGGCUUCGCCCCACUGACCUCUCGUUUCUCCCAAGCGUAUCGGGCCUACACGGUGCAUGAUCUCACCCAGCAGAUGUUUGAUGCCAAGAACCUCAUGGCCGCCUGCGAUCCACGCCACGGCAAGUACCUCACUGUGGCAGGCAUGUUCCGGGGACGUCUGUCCAUCAAGGAGGUGGAUGAGGAGAUGCUUAACGUGCAGAAUAAGAAUUCAGCCUACUUUGUGGAAUGGAUCCCCAACAACGUGAAGACGGCUGUCUGCGAUAUUCCCCCACGGGGCAUGAAAAUGGCGGUGACCUUUGUGGGAAACAACACAGCCAUCCACGAGAUCUUCCAUCGCAUCAGUGACCAGUAUGAGGCCAUGUAUAAACGCAAGGCCUUCCUACACUGGUACACCGGCGAAGGUAUGGAUGAAAUAGAAUUCACCGAGGCGCAGUCCAAUAUGACCGAUCUGAUCAAUGAGUAUCAACAGUUUCAGGAGAUGGAGGCCUAG